AUGACACGUGGAGAAAAGAAGGAUGACGUAAUGAUGAUAAAAAAGAAGAAGAAGGUGAAGAAGAAGAAGAUGGUGUGGGGCACGUGGGAAGAACUUAUCCUUGGCGGUGCAGUUAUUCGUCAUGGAACAGAUGAUUGGGAUGUUAUUUCUUCGGAGCUCCAAACCCGAACCCUUUUUCCAUUUCACUUUACCCCUCAGUACUCCCCAAGUUAUCGAGUACUCUUACAUUGGAGCCCAGCCGAGGCAUGUAAAGCAAGGUACGAAGACCUGCAAAAACGUUAUACAGGUUGCAAAUAUUGGUAUAAUGAGCUUCGGGAACGUCGAGUUGCUGAACUGAAGCGAGAACUAGAGAAAUCACAAGAAUCAAUUGGGUUUCUUAUAUCAAAGCUUGAAAGUCUCAAAGCUGAAAAGAGAAAUGGUGAUCAAAUUGAUUACGACUCAAGCCAAACUGAAUCUCCGCCUCAAACUUUUCCAAAAACAAUGGGGGUCAAGAUCAAAACUACUCUUAAACAGGGAUUGAAACAUGAGAUCGACUUAUCAGCCGUAAAUUUUACUCAAGAGCUUGACACAAACGCACCACCGAAAUCUCAAAACCCUUCUGUAGGGUCAUUUCAAGAUACUGAAGUAAAAUUAGAAGUACCUGAAUCAGCUGACACAACGAUUGAAGUUAGCAAUGAUAAAGGGGGAAUGAUUAAAAAAAGAAGAGGGAAAAGAAAAAGGAAAGAUGGUAGUUGGGAUGUGAAAGAAGGGAUUGUAGAGAGUGAUAAUUUAGGUUCAAGUAGACAGAAUGAGACUUCAACAAGUGGUUGCGGACGAACAGCGCUGUCUUCGAGUGCGGAUCUGCAGAAUAGAGAGCCUUGUAAAGGUCCGGGAAGUGAUGAUUUGGUGGGGAUAUUCAAUUCUGUUACUGAGAACCAGUUUGCAUUGGUCUUUAGACGCCGACUUGAUAGUCAGAAGAGAGCACGGUAUAGAAAAACCAUCAGACAGCACAUGGAUCUUGACACGAUAAAAUCAAGAAUUGCUAACUGCUGUAUAAAGUCAUCACAAGAACUCUUCAGAGAUUUGUUGUUAAUUGCCAAUAACGCUCUUGUGUUUUACUCAAAAAGAACACGGGAGUACAAGUCAGCAUUGACCCUUCGAGGCAUUGUCACUGAAAAGUAUAGACAGUUAUGCAGCGAUUCUAGCAGCAGUAGUGGCAAGCGAUUAUCAUCUAUCCUAUGUUUUUCUUCAAUGUCCAGUCCUCCAGUGAGGCCGCGAAGCAUUAGGGCACGGGCCCCUUGUAAACCACCAAAGAUUGUAGUCAAGAUUCCCACUGGUGACCCGAUAGUGCGUCCACAUGGGUAUUUGAAACUCAGCAGUCAUUCUGAUUCUAUUACUUCGAAUCAUAAUGACACUGAAAGGAGUAAAAACUCAAAUGUUGGCCGUACUAAAGAGUUGAACAGUGACUUUACUACAAUGUCGAACAUUGACUUCACUUCAAAGUCAAAUGUUGGUUGUACUAAAAAGUCAAACGCUGACUUUUCUAAUGCUUCUGAACCGAGAAAUGUAAAGAAAGGACUACCUCGGCCAAGAAGGGUAGGAGGUGGUGGCAGAGGUGGUAAACAACCACCAGCACCCAGAAAUUCUGCAAAUCGGAAAAGAGUUCAUCAUAAGUGAUGGAAGUUUAUGCAGCUUAGUCUAUAGUUUAGAUGUAAUCUAAUUUCUGUAUCUUGAUGGGGCUAAAAGGAUGCCUUUUGCAUAAACUUAGUCUAUAGUUUAGAUGCAUUGUAAUUUCUGUAAUCUUGAUGGAAGUUUAUGCAGCUUAGUCAGUUUAGA